UUCGGUUUUACUAUGGUUCCCUCUUGCAAACCGCGGGAUCCGAAGGGAGUGACGUAUAUUUAUUAAUGGCGACCUACAGACGACAGCUCGAGUUGCCUCUAACGUUACUCGCCAGUUCCGCCAAGUAGUGAUCUCCCAUGGUUAGGCAUAGCCUCAAGCUCCAAUCUGUGUCGCAGGUCUGGGAGAAACUGGAGCAAUGAAGCUACUGAACGAGAAGAACCUGGCUGCUUUUGCUAUUUCUCCACAUGCCUCGGACAAGGAAGGCUUUAUGUGGAAGAGGGGUCAAGUGAACAAGAGUUUUCAGAAGAGAUGGUUUGUUCUCAAAGGGAAUCUAUUAUUUUAUUUCGAAAAGAAAGGAGAUAGAGAACCUGCAGGAGUUGUCAUUCUCGAGGGAUGCACAGUCGAACUGUGUGAUGAUGAUGGCGACCCCUUCACAUUCAAAGUUUCCUUCCAUGGGACUAGCACUCGAUCGUAUUACUUCCGAGCUGAGAGCAACGAUUGCAUGGAGGAGUGGAUGAAAGCCAUGGCAUGUGCUAGCUAUAAUUACAUGAAGCUUAUGGUCGCUGAGCUCCAGCAACAAGUGGAGCAACUUGAAGUUUCAGCAGUUGAGCAUGCAAAUCAUACCUUGAUCAACCUGCUGGAAGACAUGCAGAUGACAGAAGCACCAUCAUCGUCCUCCUCAUCCACCAAAGAAAAGAUGACAUCGCACCCCCGUCCUCGCUACAACCCAUUUAACUGGGAGGGGACCAAGAUAGGACUUUCACGUUUUGCCUUCCUGACGGGAGGGCCGAGCGGUGUGACGAAAUUCUCCUUCCCCGGUCACCUCUGUCGACCCUUCUUGGACAUCCAUCGGCACUUUGGAGUCAUGAUUUCUGAGUGUGCUGGUGCCAGAGGGGGAUCGGUGCAGAUGGAUCUCCUCGAUGUGAACCUCAUCAAUCUGUGAUACAGCCUAUGGUUGUGGGUGCUGUCUCUCAUGAUUGAAUGCAUGACAAAUUCUGGAUGGCUGCAUCGUUCUUUCAGAAUUUUUGUAGCCGUGCUUUCAUAUUCAGUAAAUGCUCAAGCCUUAACCAUCAGAUUUUCUGCAGAUUAAGGACAAUCAACCAGUCUUCAUAUAAAGGUUCA